AUGGCCACCCAGGCAGUGCUGGCCACCCGGUCAACACCAUGGCAGCACCUCUACAGAUCACUACUGCGCGAAUGCACCUACCUACCCGACCCGAUUGCUACAGAAUAUAUGCGCCGCUACAUUCGGUCCGGCUUUCGAGAGAGCGCUUCCGCUGGUCGCGGGCACAGACUGAAGCCAAUUGAGGAGUUUCACCGCCACCGGCGAUUUCGAAAGCUGCUGUCUCUCCUGCACCGCGCCAAUGAGGGCUAUCUAAGACCUCUAGAACGAGUGCUCCUUCUUUCAUAUGGCCGGUUGGGGAAACGAAGAAGAGAACUGAUGAGCCCCUUAAUCCCCCCCUCGACCCAAAAGCAGACAUUCGAUGAUGACUGGGAAGCUCCAAGUGCCCUCCUGGCCUUAGUGAAAGACCAGUGUAGGCAUCGACAAAUCGUCGAGUUAAAAUUCAAACGAAAUAUCAAGGCGUUUGAGCCGCCAAUACCCAAGGAAAACGCCUGGGGCCGGUCCACUCCAGUAAAACGCCGUGCGAACAUUCGAAGAAAGUGGUACCAACUCUUGAUUAACAGCGUCUUCCCAGUGCUACCGGACCAGGAAUGGAAAACACUCCAAGGCCUUGCCUCAGGCAGAGAACCUUGGACGCUUCCCAAAAGGAGGAGAGCACCGAAAGAUUUGGAGCCAAAAUCCCUGCUUUCCCCCGAGUUCAUUGUGUUUGGCCCGCCAAAAGGCUCUACAUUCGCCCCUUACCAAAAAGGCCGGCCUCACUACAUCACCAGGAAGCUCAUGGCGAACCUAUGGAAAACGGUGUGCACACUUACGCCAACAAUGGCCUGGAAUGAAACAAAGUGUGCAUGGUCAAUCAAAUGGGGGUUUGCUGAAUUUCCGCAGCAACGCUCUUCACAAAAACUAGACCCGCAGAAAGCGAUGGCAUUGUUUGAGGGGGUCCAUCCCAAUACGGGCAUGCGACUCCCGCUAAAAUGA